CUCACCACAUCCUCCCUGCAGCUGUCUGUCCGGCCCUUCUGCCAGCCACCAUGAGCCAGUCCUACUCCUCUAGCCAGCGCGUGUCCUCCUACCGGCGCACCUUUGGGGGGGCCCCCAGUUUCUCUCUGGGCUCCCCUCUAGGCUCGCCGUCCUUGUCCCGGGCUGCUUUCGGCUCCAAGGGCUCCUCCAGCUCUGUGUCCUCCCGCGUGUACCAGGUGUCCCGCAGCUCCGGGGGAGCCGGGGGCUUGGGAUCCUUCCGCAGUAGCCGUGUGGGGUUCCCCCGCGCCACAGCCUCUUCUUCCUACGGGGCGGGCGAACUGCUGGAUUUCAACUUGGCCGACGCCGUGAACCAGGAGUUCCUGACCACCCGCACCAAUGAGAAAGUCGAGCUUCAGGAGCUCAAUGACCGCUUCGCCAACUACAUCGAGAAGGUGCGCUUCCUGGAGCAGCAGAACUCUGUGCUGGCCGCGGAGGUGAACCGGCUCAAGGGUCGGGAGCCCACGCGCAUAGCCGAGCUCUACGAGGAGGAGCUCCGGGAGCUGCGGCGCCAGGUGGAAGUGCUCACCAACCAGCGUGCCCGAGUGGACGUGGAGCGCGACAACCUGCUGGACGACCUGCAGCGACUCAAGGCCAGAUUGCAGGAGGAGAUCCAGCUGAAGGAAGAAGCUGAGAAUAAUCUGGCUGCUUUCAGGGCGGAUGUAGAUGCAGCCACCCUGGCACGAAUUGACCUGGAGCGUAGAAUUGAAUCUCUGAAUGAGGAGAUUGCCUUCCUUAAGAAAGUCCACGAAGAGGAGAUCCGUGAACUCCAAGCUCAACUCCAGGAGCAGCAGGUCCAGGUGGAAAUGGACGUUUCUAAGCCAGACCUGACAGCCGCACUCAGAGACAUACGGGCCCAGUAUGAGACCAUUGCUGCCAAGAAUAUCUCUGAAGCUGAGGAAUGGUACAAGUCCAAGGUCUCCGACCUGACCCAGGCAGCCAACAAGAACAAUGAUGCAUUAAGACAAGCCAAGCAGGAGAUGAUGGAAUAUCGACACCAGAUCCAAUCCUAUACCUGCGAGAUUGAUGCACUCAAAGGCACUAAUGAUUCCCUGAUGAGACAGAUGCGGGAGUUAGAGGAUCGAUUUGCCAGCGAGGCAAACGGCUACCAGGACAACAUUGCUCGGCUUGAGGAAGAGAUCCGGCACCUAAAGGAUGAGAUGGCCAGGCACUUACGAGAGUAUCAAGACCUGCUCAAUGUCAAGAUGGCAUUGGAUGUGGAAAUUGCCACCUACCGGAAGCUACUGGAGGGCGAGGAGAGCAGGAUUAACCUCCCCAUCCAGAGCUUCUCUGCCCUCAACUUCAGAGAGACAAGUCCUGAGCAGAGGGGCUCUGAGGUGCACACCAAGAAGACAGUGAUGAUUAAGACCAUUGAGACCCGGGAUGGGGAAGUGGUCAGUGAGGCUACGCAACAGCAACAUGAGGUGCUCUAAAGGCAGAGACACAGCCGGAGGCACCCCCCACAGCCCGAGACUGCCUCCCAUCACUACACCUUGAAACCAGCCUCCACUAAUUCUGAGACCACCUGACCCAACUGAAGGCUUUCUCCUCACUGCCACCGUCCAGUCCUCCUCACUAGCCAUUCCUCCCUCACAGCCAGGCCCCUGCCAGACACUCCCACAGCCCCCCUGCCCAGCCCUGAUUGUCCACAGCCCCUUCUGUUGACCUCAAGCCUUAGAUGUGUUGGAACCCUCAGUGAGAUGGAUGUUUGCCUUACUUGGGACCCCUGCCCUCCAUCCUCCUCCCACUCCUGUGGAGGGAGGCAGCAGAGGCACUACCUGCCCCUCUGGCACAGGAGUGUGUCCUGUCUCAGUUAGUGCCCUGGAAUGGGACUGGAGUUGGGAGAGGGCAGAGAGCCUUUUCAUCCUUUCCUUCUGCUUCCUUGAUUCUCCUCCCUGCCUUUCUAGCCAAGUUCACAUUUUUAGAGUAGAGCACUCCGGCUUGGAACAAUCCACCCCCACCCAAGAAAUGUCCUUUGGCUCUUCUCCCAUUAACCCAUGGUGAAGAGAUAGAGUACCCUCAGGAAGCCAGCGCUGUACCUGGGGGGUUGGACUCCUGCUGGGAGGGGUGGAACAGCUCCUGUCCUUAUUCUCCCACUCCUGCCCUGAGGUGGACCCAGGGAGAGUAGGGGCUGCAAGAGGGAACCUGAAGGUGCUGGAUGUGGGAGCAGGAGAUAUAGAGUGAGAGAGGAUGUGGGAGAUGCUGAAGAGGAGAGAAGAGAGAGUCAGAGAGUAGUCCUGGGCUGGUGGGCAGGGGAGGAGCCCAUCACUCCCUCGGCCAUCCCCUGCCUGGGGCGCCUCCUGGGCAGUAACAAUAAAAAUAGAGCACUUACCUAACACA